AUGUUUCCUGGCAUUCCAGAAGGUGCCCAGGAAUUUGUGGUCUGCAAGCACCCCUGGGGUUACAAUGUACCCAAUCCCACGAUCACGGGAGCAUUCAUGCUAGAAUACGACGCAAUUACUAUAAAAAUAGAUGAUAAAAGGCUAGACCAUGGCGGAAAGCGCGUAAUCGCAGCCACCACAUUAACGUGCAGCUGUCUUGCGCAAAAGCCGAGCCCAUAUACCGACCCCGGAACGGGCAUCGCAUUCACAACAUGGAACAUCCCGCUAGAAGACAACGGAGGCGACCUGACAUUCGGCAUGGCCUUACCCAGCAACGCCCUCAAGACCGACGCCACUGAGUUCAUCGGCUACAUUGUGAGCUCCCCUCCCCAGUCUUCAGCACAGACCCAAACUAACAAGCUCAGAACUACACCGCCAAUGGCAAAUCCAGCAAAGACGGCUGGAGCGGCAUCGCCCUGGGCGGAUCAAUGA